CCUCUCCACUCAACAGACAUUGUCUUGAAUCACUUGCAUACACACACAUCUGCCAACAUGACGCGCGAAACAAUUCCUGCCAGUGCAGACUACUACAACCUCGGCACCCAUUCGCGCACGGUGACCACCACCAGCGAGGAUGCGAGCGUCUGGUUCAACCGUGGCCUGGUUUGGGUCUACUCAUUCCACCACGGGGAGGCUGUCUACUGCUUCGAGCAAGCUAUCGCACACGAUCCCUCCUUUGCAAUGGGCUACUGGGGUCUAGCCUACGCCGUCGGUCCGAACUACAACAAGGCCUGGGAGCGCUUCGACCGCAAAGACCUUCACGUCUGCGUCCAGCGCGGCCAUGAAGCCUCGCGCAAGGCAUUGGAGUUGUCAAGCAAUGCCACCCCUCUGGAGCAAGGCCUCUGCAAGGCAAUCAUUGAGCGCUUCCCCCGCGACACGCCUUUGACGAUUGAAGACUACGGUGCCGUCAACCGUGCCUAUGCGGCGGCAAUUAAGCCCGUCUACGACGAGUUCGGCGCCGACCUGGACAUCGCCACUCUCUACGCCGAUGCUUUGAUGAACAUCACUCCCUGGGCCCUCUGGGACCUGUUCACCGGCCAAGCAAACCCCAAGGCCCCGACGGCGGAGGUCAGAGCCGUGCUGGAGAAGGGCCUGACGCAGCCCGGCGCCUACCGCCACCCCGGGCUACUGCAUCUCUACAUCCACUACAUCGAGAUGUCGCCCACGCCCGAGAAGGGCAUUUACGCGGCUGACCACCUGCGUGAUCUCGUUCCCGAUGCCGGCCACAUGCACCACAUGCCGACGCAUCUGGACAUUCUGAUCGGCGACUGGCGCGCAUCGAUCCGGUCCAACUACCGCUCGAGCCUGGCGGACGACCGCUACGCCGCCAAGGCGGGCCACAACAACUUCUACACCUUCUACCGGCUCCACGACUAUCACUCGCUCGUGUACGCCGCCAUGUUCGCCGGGCAGAAGCAGACUGCGCUGGACGCCGUCACGCGCAUGGAAGCCAGUAUCCCUGAGUCGCUCCUGCGCACACAGUCGCCGCCCAUGGCGGACUGGAUCGAGCACUUCGUGGCCAUCCGGCUGCACGUGAUGGUGCGGUUCGGUAUGUGGGAGGAGCUCAAGCAGAUGACGCCGCCAGAGGACCAGGAGCUCUACGCGAUCACCACAGCGACCACGUACUAUGCGCGCGGCGUAGCCUACGCAGCGACGCACGACGUGGCGUCCGCCCGGCGCGAGAAAGAGCUCUUCUUGGCCGCGCGCGAGCGUGUUCCCGCCACCCGGCGCGCGUACAACAGCAAGGCGCUCGACAUGCUGGCGGUGGGGAUCCCGAUGUUGACGGGUGAGAUCGAGUACCGGGCGAAGAACUACGAGGUGGCAUUCGAGGCGCUGAAGGAGGCGGUCGAGCUCGAGGACCGCCUGCCCUACAGCGAGCCGUGGGCGUGGAUGCAGCCUGCGCGUCACGCGUACGCCGCCCUGAAGCUUGAGCAGGGUGACGUCGAGGAGGCCGCCAGGACCUAUCGCGCCGAUCUGGGACUGGACGACACGCUCAUCCGCCCGCGCAGACACCCCAACAACGUCUGGGCACUCCACGGCUACCACGAGUGCUUGGUCCGCUUGGGCCGCACGGAGGAGGCCAAGGCCAUCGAGCCCGCCCUGAAUGUGGCGUUGGCUGGCGCGGAUAUUCCCAUCAAGGCCUCGUGUUUCUGUCGGUUGGAGGUUCUGGAGACGAAGGUCGAAGAGAAUGGAACGUGUUGCGGAAAGAACUAACUCCUGCUGGAUAGAGGGGGCUGUAAUAACGAACGGACUGUACAUAUUGGCUGUUAAAAUUAGAUAUUUGGCAUCGCAAAG